CGAAUUUACGAGCUAAUUCUGGAAUGAACACACGACUGCCAAUGCAAGAAAAUGAGGGGGCUGAUAAUAUCGCAAACACGCCUCUGGCCUGGCGACCAAGAGACACAAUUUGCGGGCAAGGGAAAAGCCAGUUUGGAAAUGCGAUAGCGGCCGCCGAAACUGAAGAAAUUAUUCAAGGCUUAAAUUUUCCCCCCACCACUUUGGAAUGGAAAGACAUUACCUUCUCUGUCGAAACAAAGACAGGAAAGCGAGCACUGCUGGCUCGCUUGUACGGGAAGGCAUUACCCGGGACGCUCACCGCCAUCAUGGGUCCAUCAGGAGCUGGCAAGACCUCGCUCCUCAAUGUCCUUUCCGGUCACUACCACGAAGGUUACGACGGUGAAGUUCACGUCAACGGCUAUCUGCGAGAUGUGGAGCUGUUCAACAUGCAGAGUUGCUACGUCAUGCAGGAUGAUUGCUUACUGCAAGAUCUGACAGUACGUGAGGCCCUCACCAUGAGUAUAGAGCUCAGAACCUCGUCGAAUGGAGGCGAACCCAUAUCCCACGUCGUAGUCGAAGUGAUCGAGCGUUGGGGGCUUGAAGAAUGCGCAGAUACGUUGACUAGGUAUCUUUCUGGUGGGGAGAAAAAGCGCUUUGCCAUUUCACAAGAGCUCAUCAGCAAUCCAUCGGUGAUAUUUCUCGACGAACCUACCAGUGGCCUGGACAGCACCUCAGCGCUGCGUUGCGUCCGCGUACUCAAAUCGCUCGCUGAAUCAGGACGCACAGUGGUGUGCUCGAUUCACAACCCGAGUGCUCGACUGUUUUCACAUUUUGACAACCUUUACAUGCUUUCGAGAGGAAGGUGCAUCUACAGCGGCUCAGUAGAGCAGCUACUGCCAUUCUUGGAGUCUCAAGACAUCCACUGCCCGGUAUUCAACAGCCCAUCCGAUUUCAUUACGGAGAUAGCGUCUGGCGAACACGGAGAAUUGACAACCAAGUUGUCGGGAUUCUUCAUUCCUGAUGAGUGUUCCAUUAUUAACGAAAACUGGCAUGAUUCGUUGCCUCUCACCAGCUACGGUGGACGAAUAAUGAGCGAUAAGGAGAGGGAGGAAGUCAAACGACAACAUGAAGUACGUGUGAGAUACUGCAAGCAGUUCAAGACUCUCCUAAAAAGGAGCUUCCUCUGCGUAAUGAGAAGCAAGGCCACUUUCGGCAUGCGCCUGACGGUCAGCCUGUUCUUCGGCCUUCUGCUCUCCAUAAUGUACUACGACUUGGGCAACCGGGCAGCGCUAGUGCGUGAAACCAUCACAAUGUACCUCGUGGCGAUGCUGCUGCUGCUCUUCGCAUACUGCGGCACGACUUUCAUAACAUUUCCUCUGGAGAUCGAUGUUCUUCUAAGGGAGCAGAGAAACUGCUGGUACUGCCCAAGUUUAUAUUUUGUGACACGAAUACUUUCGGACGUGCCGUUAACGAUUGCUGGCCCCGUGAUCAUGAUGACUAUUGUAGACUGGAUGACGUCUCAGCCUAUGGAGUUCUGGCGCCUUGCCAUCGUCACACUUUUCUCCAUCCAGUUUGCUUUUACGAGUGAAAGCAUUGGUUACGUCUCGUCCGCUCCGUUCAGUCUUGAGGUUGCCACGCUGGUUGGACUGCCCGCUGCGACUCCGUCAUUCUUGUUUUGCGGCUACUUCGUGCGUCCUCGAUAUCUGUUCCCGGCCAUCAGGUGGCUCACGUACACCUCCCACUUGUACUACGUUCUCCAUGGCAUCAUGGUCGCCUUGUAUGGUGGUGGACGCGGUGAGCUUAAGUGCGACGAACGGGACGCCGACGUGCUUUGUGUGCCCAUCGAGGGCGAGGCGGUACUAGACAUGAUGGAGUCGAAGGACGUAGACCUGCUUGCUUACUCGUUGACGGUGUUCGCUAUAGACAUCUUCUUGAAAAUUGUCGCUUUCGCUCUUCUUAAGUGGCGGUUACGGCGCAAGAAGUGAACGCUGCUUCGCUGUAUUAAAAGCGUGAGUGUUACUGGGCCUUCUACAACUUAAAACAUGUGGCUUAAGAAAGAAAGAAAAACGCUUCAGUUCCCAAUGUGACUGCGGAGUAUGGUACUCUGAGUCGCCUACUGCGGUGCAAUGUUAUGCAGCAGUAUUUCCUUCGUGGUGAAGUAUUGUAAAUAUUGAAGGGUACAAUGAUAUCCAAAAUGGGAGCAAAAAGGAAAACCCUCAGCGAGCUCCCUGAAAACGGCUUGGCUAGGUGGAGGGUGAGUCGUUUCUCAAGCUAAGAUUAACUAUGACUUCACUAAUCAAUUGACACGUACGUAAAUGUAUGGCGGGCUUCUAUGGCAUUACAAACUAAUCGUGUUCUCCCAUACGCUUAAAGAGUUGCACUGAUUCCUCCUGAAGCUUAUACUCCAACCAGCAGGUGUAAUCAUGAAACGGAUCCAAGGUUUUGGAAUCGUUCGAACGGCGCUACUUCAUGACAAUAAUUUUUUUUAUGAAGGCCUUAUCGUGCUUACUCAUACGUAAAACCGUCGCGACACUUCUCUCAUCCGCCAUGCACACUCACAUUGGCCAACGAUGCAGUGAAGCGCCCUCUAGAGUUCCACCGAGGUCACUCGUCCUAAAAGGUGCGUAGCAUGUGUGUGGCAGGGCUACCAACCAUCUUCCUCAGAUACCGAACAUGUCCUCGACAUAAAUCUUGAACCUAUUUCUACCGUCCCUUCCUCCAUUCACCCUUACAUUCCCCCUUGUGGGUAAGGAAAGGCGAUAAGGUGAAACAAAAGUAAGGACAACUUCAAUCGAACACCCCACGCCAGACUCGGAUGAUUUUUCGCGCAGCACAUUCAUAGAUCUUGGAAAUUUUCUCAACCCCCAACGUACUCCAUGACGUGUUACCAGCAACUACGGCUCGGACAACGAGCUGUUUUUAGGAUAAUGUUAAUCUCUCUCUCUCUCGUUGAGACUUCAAUGAAUAAAGGACAUCAAUGGUUGUCCCUGCUAGAUUGUAAUAACUUGCUGAUUCACCAGCGUGAUGGUGAGUAUAGUUGGAUACAGAUUAAAACACUACACGGGUCUCAUACCCUCGUGCCUGGGACGGUUUCAUGCUGGAAGCCGUGGGGCCGGGUCGUGCUUGGGACCAAUUCACUGGUGGGCCUAGGUCGGGCCUUCAAGCACACGCGAUAGCUCUGGAUAGAUCCGGGACUUUCUGAGCGAGGCUCAAGCGACAAAUAGUAAAAACAGGCUCUUAAAUCAAUCAAUCAAUCAAUCAAUCAAUCAAUCAAUCAAUCAAUCAAUCAAUCAAUCAAUCAAUCAAUCAAUCAAUCAAUCAAUCAAGAAGUGCCGGUCAUGCUUGCUGUUGUUGGACGUAUUUUUUACAAAAAACGUACCAAUUAUUUUCGUUAUUAAAUCUACGAACUUCUCGUCAUAAAAAAUAAAACAAGAAACAUUACAAAUCAAUCUCGAUACGGCGUGACUGUUAUCGC